AGUCAUCAGUCGAGUUCUACAAAGCAGUUGAGGAGCUUCAAUUUUAGCAAAUUUGUUUAAUUUUGUGUAUUUUCUCUUAAAAUAUGGAGUCUACAAUAAUUUUGGAUGAUUUGGAAAUCGUGCCCUCAACUAAGACUAAAACUAAUGAAAGUGGCAAGCGUAAUGCAGAGCCAGCCAAUAUUGAAGCCGGCAGCCCUGCACCUGCAUCAAAAAAGCCACGAAUUCGCAGUCGUGAAGGUAAUUCACAGCGUUGGGAGAAGGAUAAUGAUGUUGCUAUGAAGCGAUCAAAGGAACAAAUAAUGGAUGGAGUUAAUUAUACUGAUAACAACCAGCCUCGAGCGGAGACUGAAUUUGAAGCUCCGCCAAAAUCGUACCGAGCUCGCGUGGCCGGGAACGUCGGCAGUCAAGGCGAGCCACGUUUUAAAUACCGUGGAUCGCGCGGAGGUGGUGGCAAUGGGCCAACUGGUAAUGGUGGAGGCUUCAAUGGUAAUGGUCCUAGUGGUGGCGGGGGCGGCUGCGGUGGUCGUUAUUCAAUCGGCGGUAACAAUCACUCUCAACGGAGCGACGAGUAUUUCAUAGCACAACGGCUGCGUAGCCUUAAUGGGCCGACUAUUGACCUUGCUCCAAUUGAUGUCAAAGAGGAGGAGCUUAAAUUUUCGGGACGCAAUCGACUGUAUGUUGGCAAUUUAACUAAUGAUCUACAAAGGGAUGAGGGCUUGCGCGAACUGUUUAAGCCGUUUGGUGAACUGGAUGAUAUUUUCAUGGGUCCAGAUAAAAAAUUUGCAUUCGUUAAGGUCGAUUAUCAUGUCAAUGCCGAAAAAGCCAAACGUGCCUUGGAUGGCGCCCAGGUCAAUGGCCGACAUCUGCGCGUCCGUUUCGCUCCCAGCGCUACAGCUUUGCGUGUUACCAACCUGUCGCCCUACGUGUCCAACGAAUUGCUCCAUAUGGCAUUCGAGGUAUUCGGACCCAUCGAGCGGGCAGUCAUUAUUGUUGACGAUCGUGGCAAUCACACGGGUGAGGGCGUCGUUGAGUUUGUCAAACGAUCAUCUGCCCACAUCUGCUUGCGUAUGUGCCAUGAUAGAUGCUUCUUCCUAACUGCUUCGUUGCGUCCAUGCGUGGUAGAGCCCAAAGAAAUGACAGAAGAAGGGCUGCCCGAAAAGGCUCUCAACAAGAAUAGCCAGUUCAACAACGCUCGCAGCAUUGGACCACGCUUCGCCGAUCCCGAUUCAUUUGAUCACGAAUACGGCACGAGAUGGAAGGAGCUGUAUGCUCUAUAUAGCGCCAAGUGCUCUUCGCUCAAGCGUGAAAUGAAGUUGGAAGAAGAAAAGCUUGAAGCUCAGCUGGAGUUUAUUCGCUAUGAGCGGGAGACUCAGCUUUUGCGCCAAGAACUAAGAAAGCGCGAAGCUGAUAAUGAGCGCCUGAGAUUGGAAUGGGAAAUGCGCCAGAAGCAGUCGUUGGAAAUGAGUCUGCUCGAAGACGACGCUUUGUUACGUCGUCAGAACGGAAUGCAGAACCUUUUGAUGCGUCACGAGGGGCCAGUAAGACGUCGCCAACAGGAUAGGUCUUUGUAUAUGCCGGAGCAGCCAAGUGGAUUCGUCGGUGGUUGCGAGUUUGGUUCAAGAAAUUUGAGCUUCGACAGCUCACCAUUUGUGGUCUUUGGAGAUACAAAAAUCGCAGAUAAUACUGAAUCUGGGGCAAAUAAUCAGGUUCCGUUUGAUACUAAUUUCGAAGUCCAUCCCAUUAUGAAUCAAGAAAAUGUGGUAAUUGGCGAUAAUAACGCUCUCUGGGGACGACGUACUAUAUAGUCAUUGGAGCCCAAAUGGAUAAUAUAUGCAAUAUAAUACAAUAUGCAAAUACAAAAAUCUUUA